AUGGGUAAACAUAGUAAAGAGUCUAUUCCUGUAGUUGCUGAGCCUGGGGAUGCAGUUAUUGCAAGUUUCACCAAUUCCGGGACCAUUUCGAACGAUGUGACCUUUGAUGUUUUCGCAGCAAAGGGUAAGAAGAUGAUACUACAUGGAGAAUCAAAGAACGAUGAACUACAAUAUGAUGCAGAAGAAUUAGACGACUCUCAAUAUCUCAUUGGUAUUUACGAUUCCUCAAACAAAAAAAUAAAGUUGGUUCCAAGCUCCAAGAUGUUCAGCGGACGUGUACAAUCAAACAGUUCAUUAAUUAAUGACGCAAAGUUGGUGAAAAAGCUGAAACGUAAAGAUCUUAGUGAGGAAGGUACCUUUGUGGAGCGUAGGAAUGCGUUGGGUGAAGAGUUUGGUACAAAGAAGGCAAAGAAGGCGAUUAACGAUGCCGCAAGAAACAGAAUUGAUGCAGCGAUGUUGGAAGAUUCACAGCUUGAUAUAGUUGAUGGUAUCAGAGAAAGCACCAAGAGUAUUCCUGAUAGAAAUGAAAUGGCCAAGAUGGUGGAAAAGGAGAACAGAGUCAUUCCUAAAUUUCACGAAGAUGCCACCAACGUUGAAGAUAUCUAUCCAAUUGAGGAAAUUGUACCUGAUGAUAUUCUUUCUGUUUUCCCAGUUGAUAUCUUCUUUAAACCAAUUGAAAGUGAUGAAGACAGUGAUGACAAGAAGGAUGAGUUAUUGACCAAGUUAGAAUAUUUGCCGUAUGUUCCGGGCAAGGAUCGUGGAUUGGCGCAUCAAAAGAAGUCUAUUUUCGGACGUUUGAUAAAAUCACUAUUGAGCGAAUCUUCAAAUGGUAACAUCAAUGAAGAUCUGAGAUGGAAAGCACAGUUGGUUUCGUUCACAUCGAUGUUAAUCGGGUUAUAUUUUAACCGCCGCUUGAGCAAAAGAGAGAAAUUGAUUGAAUCAUUCACCAACCUACCUCCAGCUAGAGGUAUUAAUUACAUGUUGGCAUUGUUUGGAGAUUCAAAGAGGAACAACUUCAACUAUGACCGUGACAUCAAAUUCUAUACGAUCGGGCCUAAGGAGGAAGAUAAACUAUUAUGUCAUAUCAUUGUUUUAUUGUUAAAACUAUUUGACUAUAGAUUGGAAUUGUCAAGUUUAGCAGCAGACUUAAGCUUGAAGCCGUCCAGGUUAUUGACAUUAGUUCGGACCUUAGGUUGUACUGUUGUUGUUGCAAAUAAAGGUGAUGGAAAGGAAAAUGCAGGCUCUAAGUUUGCUACUUUGAAAGUCCCAUUUAAAGUUCCUGAGAUUGCUAGAAGAUUUAGGAGAUGA